UGAAAUUUUUUAGUGGAGAAUAAAAUGCUAAUUUAAGUCAUAUGAUAUAUUAAAAAAUUACUAAAAAUGUCUUUAACAUCCUUCAAAAAACAAAUGAACAAAGCUGAUCAGUAUCUGAGGGAAAAACUCGGAACUGCUGACAGCACCAAACUAGAAGAUGACUUCAUUGAUAUGGAAAAGCGAUGCAACGUUACUUCAGAAUUGUUGGAGGAUAUUUCUCAGAAAACGAAAGAGUUCUUACAACCCAAUCCGGCGACCAGAGCCAAAUUAGGAGCUCUAAGCGCUUAUCAAAAGAUGAAAGGUCAGGAAAGUAACGCGCCUUAUACGCAACCAGAAGGCGAAUUGGGUGCCGCUAUGUUGAAGUAUGGUGAGGCUCUUGGUUAUAACUCAUUAUUCGGCCAAUCCUUGAUUCAAUCUGGUGAAUCCAUGAAACAUCUAGCUGACAUUAAAUAUGCACUGGAAGAUAAUGUUAGGCAGAAUGUUUUGGAGCCAUUCAAAAAUUUGCAAGAAAAGGAAGUUAAGGAAGUUCUGCAUCUCUGCAAGAAGACUUAUGGAAGAAGGCUCGAUUUUGAUGCUAAAAAACGCAAAAAAACAACCGAUUCGGAAUUAUCUGAAGCUGAAGCCAAGUUCAUUGAAUCUAAAAGUCAAGCUACCCAAGCUAUGCAAUAUCUGCUGCAAAACGAUGUUGAAAUGAUAGCCGAAUUAUCUUCUUUCGCUGAAGCCAUGCUAGAAUACCAUAAGAAAUGCGUGAUAAGUUACGAAGAUUUGGUUCAUAAAUUGAAUAAAAAGAAACAAGAAGCAAAUGAAAAACCCAGAUUAGCUCAACCUCAUUUUAUGGUAGCAUCAACCGCGGAUAAUGUGCCUGCGUCAACUAGCUUAAACUUCACAUCUAGUUUAGGCCAUAAUAAUAGCAAUAACUCAACGAUGUAUCCUGCCACCGGAAAUAGCAAAUUAGGCCCACAAUGUAAAGCGCUUUACGAUUUUGAAGCACUUAAUCCCGGAGAAUUGGAAUUUAAAGAGCACGACAUCAUCACCCUCACCAAGGACAUUGAUGAAAACUGGUUUGAAGGUAAAGUCCGAGGAAAGUCUGGAUAUUUCCCCAAGACUUAUGUUAGUGUUCUUGUGCCCCUUUCUAAUUUACAUCAAAGCAAUCAAGCUGAAAUUUCGGCGCGUGGCACAUAGAUCAACCUCUUACCUCCUAUUUUAAAAUAAACUAUCUUAAUUAUUUUAUGCAUUAAUGAUUAUUUAUUUUAAAAAAUUUCCCAAACCUACUCGUAAUAAUUAAAAUUUUAGAUUGUUUACAUUUCGAUUAAUAUUUACUAAUAAAAGUUAAUUCCGUCUAUAAUCGUGGAAAUGUAUCAUUUUUGAUAUUUUGGCUUUAUUUUAGUUCAUAAUAUUGUUAGAACAUUUUAUAACGCGAAAUUAUCCUGAUAGAUUUAUUUGUUAUAUUCGAGUUAAAUGUUAAUUCUAAACUAUAAUGUCCCGUGAAAAUUUUAUGGUUAUAGAUUUC